CUCACCUACUCCUGGAUUCGAUCCCAUCCAGCCCGUCCCGUCCCUCUCCCACCCUUUUCAGAUCUGCCUGCGAGCCCCCGCCACGCACCCCCAUGCCCAUGCCCAUGACCCCCCGACGCGAGGCCACUACUGCCAAUGGCUCCCUGCCGUGACCGAGCCCAUGGAGGACCUCGCCCCGGGGGCCCUCGCGCUCUUCGCCGCCGUCGCUGACUUCAUAGACGACUCCGCUCCCGCUGCCGCCGGGGCCGGGAUGCCACCGCCGGAGCCCGAGUCCGCGCCCGGGAGUCCCUGCUCCGACUGCAGCAGCGUCGCCACCGCCGACUUCGAGGGCUUCGCCGACCUCGCCUCCACGCUCGUGCUCGACGACCUCGUCUCCCCCGCCUCCGCCUCCGCCUCCGCCAGCUCGCUCCCCGCCUCCGGGCCCAGGGCCGCCAGGAGCGUCUUCGCGCUCGACUGCGUGCCGCGCUGGGGACUCCACUCCGUGUGCGGCCGACGGCCCGAGAUGGAGGACGCCGCCCGCGUGCUCCCAACCUUCUUCCACGUCCCGCUCUGGAUGCUCGCCGGCGACGCGCCCGUCGACGGCCUCGACCGGGCAUCCUUCCGCCUCCCCGCGCACUUCUUCGCCGUCUACGACGGCCACGGCGGCCUUCAGGUCGCCAACUACUGCCGGGACAGAAUGCACGAGGUACUGGCCGAGGGGCUCACCAGGGCAGAGCAGGCCGUGUCCGACGCUGACUUGAGUGGCCUUGACCCUAGUACUCACGAGCACUGGGAGAAGGUCUUUGUGGACUGCUUCAGCCGUGUUGAUGCAGAGGUGGGAGGAGACGCGGCGACCGGAACCAAGCCUGUGGCUCCAGACACAGUGGGGUCAACAGCGGUGGUUGCGCUCGUCUGCUCAUCGCAUGUCAUCGUUGCCAACUGCGGCGACUCGAGGGCGGUGCUCUGCCGGGGCAAGCAGCCCCUGCCGCUGUCCGUGGACCAUAAACCAAACAGGGAAGAUGAGUAUGCGAGGAUCGAGGCCCAGGGGGGCAAGGUCAUCAACUGGAACGGCUACCGAGUUCUCGGUGUUCUUGCCAUGUCCCGGUCAAUUGGGGACAGGUACCUGAAGCCAUAUAUAAUCCCAGUCCCUGAGGUCACAAUUGUCGCCCGUGCAAAGGAUGAUGAGUGCCUAAUUCUUGCAAGCGAUGGCCUGUGGGAUGUAAUGUCAAACGAGGAGGUAUGUGAUGCUGCUCGCAAGCGCAUACUGCUGUGGCACAAGAAGAACGGCGACGACUCAGCGUCAGCCCAAAGAAGCGGUGAUUCGGCAGAUGAAGCAGCUCAAGCAGCUGCUGAAUAUUUGUCGAAGCUGGCCCUCCAGAAGGGGAGCAAGGACAACAUUACCGUCAUUGUAGUCGACCUCAAGUCACAUAGAAAGUUCAAGAGCAGAACAUAACCACGGAUUCGGUAAGACUUGGACAGUAACAAUAGACGCUAGGAAGGUUGAGAAAAUGCUCCUGUUUACCCUUUUUUUUUCUUUUUCUUUCCCACAACCAUAUAGGCUGCCACGUUUGAUCAGGGUACAGAUUCAUACACAGAUGUAAUCUGGUUGGAGACUGGGCUGGCUAGGUAAGGUGGUCGAUUCUAGGGUCCAAAUCUUAGAAAUAACAUACAUAUGUAGAUUCCAACAAGUAGUUCACUGAUUGGGUUUGGGGCAUUGUUUCUGUUAUUAACAGGUAAAGGUACAAUAGAAACUGCCACCCCUGAACUACC